CUUUACAUUAUUUUUUUAAGCUUGGGGAGUUCUUAUUUCGAGGUCAAACGUAAUACUCAAAAAACUGUAAUGGUCCCCCACGAUCCCCAACCCCCAGCUGAGAAAAAUCAGAAACCCAUCCACAUCGAAUGAAAGUAGUGAGAUUCGGAUUCCAGCCAGAUCUGCUUCUUGAAACCCUAGAUCUGAUUACCAUCUCCAGCAAGAAGACUGAAAAUCCAUUACCGUUAAUUUCUACUUCAGCUUUGUCAUUUUUUUUGGAAAUCCUCCUCCAUAGUGUGGUCGAAGGAUUUCUUAUCAACACUAAAACUUCUAGGUUUGAAAAUGAAGAAUUUUUUCGUUGUUCAUGAAAUUCAGAUCAGAUGUAUUUGUAAGGAAAUGUAGAAUAUCUGGUCAAUCCAAUUUUACGAGAAAAUGAAUUACACAUCUGAACUCAUCCCAUUCUUAGAAAUUGAAGAAUCAUAUUUUUUUUGAAGGGCUCGUCUGAUUCUUUUGUACUAUAAUUCAGUUUGAUGGGUUCUUCACAGUCCAUUCAGGAAGGGGAAGAAGAAGAGGAAGAAGAAGAAGGUGAUAAUGGCGAAACGAAGCGAAGAGAAGUGGGGAAUCCAUGGAUGAAGAAGGUACUAGAGCAAGAGCCGGAGAUGCUGCCUUGCCACGCAUCAGCGUCUCCGCUGUCCCCUCAGUUGUCCACUGUCGGUACGCCGCAUCUUGGGCCGUCGAUCAAGGUAUGGGAUCCCUGCAAUGUUCUUGCUCCACCACCGCCGCUGCCACCUCGGCCAGCGUUCUCUAGGAGCUUCUCCUCGGACACCCUUGACGAUGAUCGGACUAUUAUGGAGGUUUUCCUGAUCAGUCAUGGUGAGUGCGGUGCGAAUCUGAGGCCUGAUUUGAUUGCUGGCCGAUGGCCUGAGGCAUCUCUGACACCCAACGGGAAACGGCAGGCAAGAGCACUGGCGGUCUUCCUGAAAUCUCAUGGGCUUCGGUUCAAUGCUGUAUAUUCUUCGCCUCUGGAUCGGGCCAGGACUACCGCAGUUUCUGUUUGUCAGGAACUGGAUUUUGCGGAAGAACAAAUACAAUCCUCAGAUGCGCUUAUUGAUAUGAGUCAGGGCCAGUGGGAGGGGUACGUCCGAUCUGAAGUAUACACCCCCGAAAUGCUCAGUCUUAUAGAUAGAUUACAGCCUGAUUUCUCUGCACCAUCUGGAGAAUCACUUAGGGAGGUGGAGUUCAGGAUGAUCCAGUUCCUUAAUAGCAUGGUCUUAAGACUGCAUGAAAGGCUGAGGACGGGAGAUUUCUUGUCACUCCAUCAGAAUGAAAGUAAGGGGUUUUCCGUUCACAACUCAUUGGGCCAGGUCAACUCAGUUCAAGACUGGGAUGGGCCAGUGCUGCCACCACCUCACUGGGACUUACUUCACAGACACAAGCAAGGCCUUACUAGAAAGAAGUCCGGUAAGAGCAGGCUACAGUUUGUGACCAAAACCGAAGAUCAUGAGGCUGAGGAUGAGGUCUCUCCCCACGAAGCCACCAAUCAAGACCAGCUUCAUGAAAUAUCAGUCAGAAGCUCCUCCUCUUCGUCCUCCUAUUGUAUUGGUGUUUUCACUCAUGCUGUGCCAAUAAAGUGUCUCAUUACAAGCCUUCUUGGAUGUAGCCCAGCAAUGUCUGAGAGGAUCUGUAUAGAUGAUUCUUCAGUGACGGUAUUACAACAUUCAAUAAAGACAGGUUGGCAGAUAAAGAGACUAAAUGAUACCGCACAUCUCAGGCUUCUGUAAGCUGGAACAAUGGGAAAGCUUGAACGGUUAUUGCAGAUGGAUGCAUAAUGUUGGGGGGAGGCCAUCAGCUUUCCAGGUGAUGGAUAAGAUCAUGGUUGAGUGGUUGAAUUUUCCAGGUCAGGUGUCACUGAAUCUCCAGAUUUACCUUUUGGCCGACUGGUCUUAUGCUCAAAUUUGAGUAUUUAAUCACUGAAGAAGAUUUAUUUAUUGAUUAAUUGGUCAAUGGUGGACAUGAAUGGAUGAUAUCAGCAUGCCCAGAUUCUUCUGCUCUAUGUAUUUUUACCGAAUCCAAAGCAGCUGCAGGUGUCGGAGCUUUUCCUUUUGGAGUGAUUCUUUUGAUUUGUACCACUAUAGAAUUGUUUUAGAGUGGAGAUUCUGAUCUGUUAUUCAAUUUGAACAAAAUAAAUUGUUAGGGAAAUCAAUAACCAGGACCUGAGAGUCUGCUUAUUAUUCUUUUUGUCA